GUAAAGGGUUUUGGCCGGGCUCGAUCAUUCUCUCAUUGGGGAAUGUGAAUGCGCAGCGAAAUGGCAGCGGCGGAUGAUCUCUGGCUGGUCAGCUGCUUGAAUGCGACGCUGGAUCCCAAUCUGGGAGCUAGGAAUCAAGCGGAAGGCGCUCUUACGGAGGCAUCAAGAAAGACAGGAUAUGGCAUUGCUCUCGCCAGAAUCACACUGAACAACGAUUUCUCGCUGGGAGUGCGUCAGCUAGCUGCGGUUCUUUUGAAGCAUUACGUGAAGAAGCAUUGGAUUGGCGAUGACUUCACUGUCUUUCCUCAAGACAAGGAAAUGAUUCGAAAGCUGUUGCCCCUUGGUUUGGGUGAUCCAGAGAAGAAGAUACAAACCGCUGUGGGUAUGGUAAUUGCAUGCAUUGCCAUUUCCGACUGGCCAGAGGAAUGGCCGGAGCUUAUGAUGCUCAUCCUUGCGUGCAUAAACGAUCGCUCCGACGUUAACAAAGUGAAUGGAGGAAUGCGAUGCCUCUACCUUUUUGCUGACGAGAUGGACGAUAGACAACUCCCACACCUGGUGCCUGUGCUUUUCCCGGCUUUGUAUGACAUUAUCUCAACAUCUUCCGUUUACGCUGCGUCGACUCGAAAGGAAGCACUGAAUGUGUUGCAUAGCUGCAUCGCCACCCUGGGGGUUAUGAGUGGUGCUUAUCAAUCAGAAACGAAGGCGCUGAUGAAACCUAUGCUUAAGGGAUGGUUGGAACAAUUUGCGGCAGUACUUCUUCAAACAAUCCGGCCGAAAGAGCCGGAUAGUUGGCUGCUCAAAAUGGAGGCUAUCAAAGCUUUGCAACAAAUUGUGAUGAACUUUUCGAAACUCGCAUUCAACGACUUCACAAUUGUUCUUUCCCCACUCUGGCAUACAUUCGUCACAGACCUGCAAGUUUACGUGGAGGCUGCUGUCAACGGCGACGAAGUAGACUUGGCUGAUCCCAAAAGCUCUGAAGAAAGUUUAGAGUCGUACGCAAAUCAGUUGCUCGAGUUUCUACUAUGUCUAGUUGGCCAUUCACGAUACUGUGAGGUUAUCCGCAAGAGCAUCAAAGAUCUGGCGUACUUCACGAUAGGGUACAUGCAGAUGACUGAAGAACAAGUCCAGACUUGGUCUGGAGACGCGAGUGAGUUCCUGGCCGAGGAAGAUACUUUAUCCUGUAGCUGCAGAACGUCAGGGGUCUUGCUUCUCCAGGAGUUUGUUGGUGUCUACGAGGACGAAGGCACACUAGCUAUUCUGGAAGCUGUCAGUAGAAGAAUGGAAGAUGCAGACAGAGCGAAAUCUCAGGGUGAAACUGGCUGGUGGAAGGUGCGCGAGGCGGCAUUAUUAACUUUGGGAUCUUGUGUAGAGGCUGACGAUGAGCUGCCCGGAUUCAGCAUUGACGUUCUUUUUAACCGCAUUUUAGUUGACGACCUAUCACAAGGAAUGAAAUUGUGUCCCUUUUUAUAUGGCCGUGCUCUAUGGGCCGUUGCAAAAUUCUCUUCCUGCAUUAGCAAGGACAAACAAGAGAAGUUCUUUCUUACUGCAAUAGAAGGACUGUCUGAUACUUCGUAUAUUCCAAUCAUGGUGGCUUCAUGCCAAGCAGUUUCCACCUUGUUGCCAAAAGUUGAGUCUCGAAGCUCACAGCCUUAUAUAAGAUCACUCUAUACAGCACUGGCGACACUCUUGCAGCAGGGGUCUGAAGAAACUAUGCAUAUUGUUUUGGAUGCGUUGCAAUCCGCAAUAAAAGCUGACAAGGAUCACAUGCCUGAAGCAGAGGCAAUGUUAUCUCCCAUUUUACUGCACGUAUGGGCGACAUAUAUCAGGGAUCCCUUAAUCAGCAUAGACGCACUAAGUGCUAUAGAGGCUGUUAAAAAUGCCCCUGGCUGUAUGGAGCCUCUUGCAGCGCGGGUGCUUCCUGCUAUUACUGGCGUUUUGUGUCAGCCACGAAGUCAGCAGGAAGGACAAGUAGCGGGAGCUUUAGAUCUUCUCACCAUGCUUGUCAAGAACGCGCCUCUCAGCAUCUUGAAGCACGCGCAUCAUGCACUCUUUACCUCCAUUAUCGAUAUAGUUUUGCAGACGAAUGACGAUAGCGAGCUACAGAAUGCAACUGAGUGUCUAGCUGGCUUUGUCAAAAGCGCAGGAGAGAACUUGCUUGCUUGGGCCACUGACGCUGAUUCUACAAUGAAGAUGCUUCUGGCGGCUGCUGGGAGAUUGUUGAACCCGCAAACAAAUAGCUCCGGAUCUCUUUAUUCUGGCACUUUUAUCGUACAGCUUAUUGAAAAGUUUUCUUUGCGUAUGGCUCCCCACCUCAGAGAUCUCGUGACGGCAUUAGUGGUACGUUUGGAAAGUGUGGCACUCAAAGGCUCCCUGAUCUUUGUAUUCGCCAAGCUGGUACACAUGAGCGCACCUAACUAUGGGCAAUUUAUCGAGCUGUUGAGGAGUAUUCCUUCGAAAGGUUAUGGAGAUUCUCUCACAUGUGUAAUGGCGGAAUGGACCAAAUGCCACGACGAAGUUCAAGGUUCGUACCAGAUCAAAGUGAGUACAACAGCUCUGGCAAGUCUUUUAGCCACUGGACACCCUCUACUUUCACAAGUUCAAGUCGAAGGACGCUUGCUGGAGGCUACUGGUGGAAUCAAGACAAGGUCGAAAUCCAAAUUGCAACCUGACCAGUUUACGAGAGUUUCCGCACUUCAAAAGAUUUUCUCCCUCCUGGCUCGUGGUCUAGUCGAAGGACAAGAGGCAGCCAGCAAUUUCGUGGAUGAGGAUGAUGAGUGGGAAGAGCUUAGCAACCCGGACGGGAAUGAUGUGGAAGAUGUAGUGCCAGCCAAUAAAUCGCUACGGUCUGUUUUCGAGCCUGCUGAUCUGUACGAAGACGUGUUGAAUGGCGACGUGAGUGAUGGGGACGAACCAAGCGAUGAAGUUGAUCCAAUCAAUCAGAUCAAUCUCCAAGCUUACUUGGUGGACUUCAUGAAGAGAUUCUCACAAGAAGCUCCGCUUGCAUUCAGUGAAUUCUUCAAGGAGCUGUCUGAUCGGGAAAAAUGUGCGGUGCAAGAUGCGGUGUCUAGCAAGUAAGAAGUGGCCGAGAGGGAGAAAAAAGUUUUGUAGGAAAGAGACAGAGACGACGAUUAUGUGUGAUUCUUGAGUAAACCGCUUUUAAAUCCGAAAGCUCGCAAGCUCAAUACCAGUGUAUUGAACUA